AUGAGCUGGUGUCUUCCAUGUCCCGGCAGGUUUCAGUGCUCCCAGUGCCUGUACAAGUGGUCCUCAGCCAAAGUGCACAUCCUCUUCCACAUGUGCUAUGGGAUGGUGCUGAUGCGAAUCUUCCGUCAAGCCUGCAGGCAGUGCCACGACCCCCAGCUGGAGGAGCCCAUAUUCAGCCUGGAGAACAUAGAGCGGCUCCUGCACAACGUGGUGCUGAAGAUCCUCGAGGACUUCUACAACGUGCCCAUGCAGUCAGCCGACCUCCUGGAAGUGGUGGUGGAUGGGUGCCGUGCAUCGGGGCCGCACGACAGGACCCACUGCGAGGGCUGCAAGCUCGGCGUCUGCAGCAGGUCGAGGGCAGCCAUGGAGCCCAGUGCUGGGAAGAACAAGGUGAGCAAAGCCCAGAAGACAAAGAUGGAUGAGGACAAGGCUCAAAAGACCAAGAUGGAAGUGGACAGGGCCUGGCAGAUCAAGAUAGAUGUAGACGAGGCUUGGAAGACCAAGAUGGAUGUGGCCAAGGCUCAGAAGACUAAGAUGGAUGUGGAGAAGGCUUGGAAGACCAAGGUGGGCAUGCACAAGACCCGGAAGCCCAUGGAAGAUAUGGACAAGACUGUCUUGAUCACAAGGUCCCCGGAGCAAGUUGUAGGUGGUGGCUUUCCCUGGAAAUGCUGCUGCUGCAUGAGCUUAUCUGUUCUCUGUGUUUUGGCAUUGUUCAUCUUUGCCCUGCUUCAUUUCUUCUUGAAGUAAUGGGAGGUGGCAUUUGUGAAUACCGGGGUGCUAGUUGAGGGUGGUGGUAAUGGAGAGGAUGGAAAAUUGACUGGAUGGAUGCCCUGGCAUGGCGAGGCAUUCUCAGCUCACAGGUGACAGCCACCACCACCACACUUAGGCACCUUGUCUCCAGCCCAGGGGAGCCCAGCAGGCCUGAUGGUUUCUUAUGGGACAUGCUCUGCACGAAGAUGGCCCCCAGCUCCUCAUACAAAGAAUGGAGUGAC